AUGCUACCUGACACCUUCCAUGGUGGAACCCCCUUGGGUGGCACAGUCAAUCAUCACCUCAACACCUUUGAUGUAGGAGGAGGAAAUGAGGGGGAUGACACAGUCAAUCAUCACCUCACCACAUCCAAUGUUGGAGGGAGACCUCUUGUGGGCGGCACAGUCAAUCAUCACCUCAUCUCCUCCGAAGCUGGAGAAGCUGUCCUCAAGGACGACACAGUCAAUCAUCACCUCAUCUCCUCUGAAGCUGGAGGAGGUGACCUCACGGACGGCACAGUCAAUCAUCACCUCACCACAUCCAACGUUGCAGGGAGACCUCUUGUGGGCAGCACAGACAAUCAUCACCUCACUGACAUACCUGGUGAAGCACCAUUCGAUCAUGUCAUGUUCGACUCACAGGUCGGACUUAUCUCCUACGAUACCUACGACCCGAUGCUUCUCCUGCGCCUGCAAAGCUUCUUCAAAGGAGCGGAGCUUGUCGAUGUUGUGUUUCAGCUCACUGAUUUGCCACUCUCAUGCCUCGAGGAAGCCUUCGAUGGAUUCAAGCAGCAUCACAAGGAUAUCCUGAUGCCCUCCCCGAGGACGUCACCUAAGGUAGCCUCCAAGCAUGGCGAAAAGAUGGGCCUUGCCGAAUACCAUUCGCGCCUUGCUGGGGCUCACUUUGUCGAUACGGUGUAUGACGCGAUGACCGCGCUUGCGAUAUCUUGGAGGAUGUGUGGCACAGUGCGACCAAAGCAUGGCGCACUGACCCGUAUCAUGCCUCUCAUCAACAGUGCUGCCUGUCAAUCUCAUCCUGAUGAGGGUGCUCUCGCCAUUGUGGACUGCUUUGAUGCCCUGAAGGACAAUGUCAUUAUUGAGCUCCGAGUUUACGCCGGAGAGCCUGCUAGGUUGCAGAACGCUCGUAGCAAGAUCGUCGCAUUCUGGAACGAGGUGCAGCCCGUGUUGUCUCUCUAUGACCCUGUCGACGUUGCAAGACUCGAGACGCAAGUCAGAGACAUGCUUGACCAGAUAGACCAGUCCAUGGUUAAGCCAGUGGACAACAUCCCCAGAGCGAAACCACAGGUUGUAACUCGACAUAUGGCCAAGGCCGGUCGACCUCGGCUCGAAAUCGAUGCUCAAAUGUUGAGGGGGAUGUAUCUAUACUCUUCAAAGGCUGCAUCUGCUGGACUUCUCAGUGUCUCUGAGAGAACAAUAGUGUGA